AUGAAGAGCACGAAAGAGGCCCUGGCUCGUGGUCUCAAGUUCAAGCAAGCAGUGAAGGAUCUGAAGAAUGCUUCCAGCUCCUCGAAAUGGAGGCCUCCCAGCAUCCCACUUACAACGCCAGUGGGAAUUGCGGAUAUGACUUUGGACGACAUGAUGAAGAAAGAGAAGCUGAGCUAUGCUGAUGCUGUUACUGUUUACUUGGCUUUGCAAGAGUCCCUGAAGAAGCCUUCCAAGAAGCCCAGCAAGAGCCAGAAUGCCAACACGAACUCCUCAGGUGAGUCAGCUGCCCCGGCCGAGGAAGCCGAGCCGAAGCGCAAAAAAAACAAAGCCGAGGAAGUCGAUAAGAAAUCCGGAAAGCAGCCCCCAGCCCAGGAAGUCGGUAAGAAAUCCAGAAAGCAGCCCCCGUCUGAAGCCCAGUCCGUGGAAGGUCGCAAAAGCAACACUGUCUCUCCGAAGGCCAAAGCUUCUAAAGCCAAGGCUCCACCAGAGCUGAAGCGCAAAGGAGCCUUUCUCGAAGAGCCUGAGGUGCACGAGCCACCGACCAAGCGACUCAAGGGCAAGACCCCUGCACAAGCAAGCCACAUCCCCGAUCCCACCCCGGAGGAGGAACACGGGUGGGAAGAGGAGACCUGUGCAACUUUCUGGGACGACUGGGAUGAGGUCAGCUACGAGUACGACCUAUGGAGGCAAGGGCUUCCUCAGUCGAGUGAGCUGGAGGCCGAUUUGCAGGCUCACAGAGAUAUGCCAAUCCCUGAGAAGCCUGCUGCUGUGCCUGAGCCUGUUGCUGAUCAACUUCCCCCCGCACCGGGGUCUGGCAGUACCUUUGUGGAUGCUGAAGCCAGGUUGCAAGCGCACAGCCGCCUCAGCAGCAAGGACCGCCAGGAUUCCCAGACGAUCAGCGACAUCGGCCCCUCGGCGAGCCAAGUGGUUGCUGGAGUUGACAUGAGCAUGCUGUUGCAGCGUGUGCAGCAGUUGGAACUGGAGAAAGCUGAGCUGGAGUCGCAGCUCAGCACUGACUCGAAAGGUUCCAAGGCGACUACGGCUACGGAGCCCCAAGUUCCCGAAGCUUCCAAAGCACCCGAUGCUGAAAGGCCAGUGGCUACUCCUGUCAGGGCCAAGGAGCACGUGUUCCACGAUUCGCCGCCACCCUCGCCGGUCACGAAGGGCCUCUCUGCAAGCCUGGCUGCAAGGAUCAGGACCCAAGCCGAUCCCGUUCCGAAACCAACGGAGAUGCCGCCGGAUGUGUCAGAUCCCAAGCCCGACGAUGGGCCGAAAAUUAGUUCUGUGACUCAUCGAAAAGAAUAUGCCAAGCUCGAGAAGCGGAAGCUGUUGAGGCAGUGGGUGCUUUCGGGCCAGAACCUGCAGGCCUGUGAAAGCGCCAUCGAGAUUUCGCAGGAGUCUGGUGUUCGAGGGGAGAAAAUCUGGAUGCAGAUCCCUGUGAAGAACAUGGUCAAGCAGAACUUCAAAGCGAACUGUCGUCCGGGAUCACAAUUCUUUGAUGCUCCUAUUCCUGGUGCCGAUCCGGGCCUCCUCCAGAGGAAGGCUGCCACGACCCAGCAAGCGCCGCUCAAAGCCGAUGUCCUGAGGGCUUUCGAUCAGCGCAAGGACGAGUUGAGUGCAUUGGCGCAGGAGGCAGCCGGUUCAGGCAAGGAGCUCAAGAAGAAUGUCAACGGCAUCACGGACCUCAUCUAUGAUAUGGGUGAUGCUUCUGAUGUUGACUCACAGAGAUUGCUGAAAGAUCUGAAGGGUCACAAGAAGAAGCUGGAUCAGCUUGCAAAGAAGUUCUACAAAGUCGACCCGGAAGCCGAGGCCGUCGAAAUGGAUCGCCAGUGUGAUGUUAUCCACGAGGAAGUUGCCUUGGAUAUCGAUGUUCAACAGCUUUCUUUGUGCAAAGGGCAAAUCAAAGGUGCCACUCCAAAAGCAGCACCGCCUCGGAUCGCCGAUGUCCUCGACCGGCUUCUUCGAGCUACGUGUGCUGGUGACACGUCUUUGACCGUUGCUUGUGACCUGGGAGAUGCUUAUGGAUCUCGAGUACUGGACGGGUACAGCAGCAGGCCCCUACGAGAGGCGAGGUGCCUUGUGCAAGAGGGCUUCUUGAAGACGAUGAUCCCCGACGCAGCUGCCCUGGAGAAGUAUUGGGAGGCAACACUGCAAGAGCUGACUGUAUACUAUUUCAUUCCAGUUGGUUUCAGAGGCGACAUGAAACAGAUGGUCCAGGCCUUCAACUUCACCCGGAAGCCGGGAUCGGAGCAGGUUUGCUUCUUCUGCGAGGCCAGCAUGGGACGUUCUGCAGCCGACACUGCUGUUUUCUUACAGUGGCUGGCGAAAACACUAGUGGAGAUGCCACCGCUGCCGCCCCACCAAGGCUUGGAAGGUGUUGUGUGGGUGGCCAAUCAUAUCUGCGAGUUUCUCUUCACUUGUGGUUGCUUCUUAACUGAGGAGGCAUGGGCGCAGAUUUCAGUGCUUGCGAGGCUUUUUUUUAAUGGAUAUCUGCAGCUGGCGGCCACCGCAAACCAGAGAGGUGAGCUUCUCUACAAGACAAGGAAUCUUGUGACCCUCAAAACCGAGCUUCUGAAGUAUGUGUGA